CUCACUGUGUUGGGUUGUGUGUUCCAAAAAUCCUUAAGGGGAGACUACUCGAAACUUUUACUACUACUACUACUACUACUACUACUACUACUACUACUACUACUACUACUACUACAGGAUUGAAAAGUAGAGAGGAGGAGGAGGAGGAGGAAAUGUAGAAGAAGAAGUAGAAGAUAGACAGAGAAAAAGAUAGUGAUUUUAAUAGAAAGAAAGAAUGGAAGAAAGAAAGAAAAUAUAAGGAAAAUAUACAUAAAAAAUAUACAUAGAAAAUAUACAUAGAUAAGUUUAAAGGAAAUAUACAUAGAAAAGAUUAAAGGAAAUAUACAUAGAAAAGAUUAAAGAAAAUAUACAUAGAAAAGCUUAAAGAAAAUAUACAUAGAAAAGCUUAAAGAAAAUAUACAUAGAAAAGAUUAAAGAAAAUAUACAUAGGAAAUAUACAUAGAAAACAUUAAAGAAAGAGAAAAGAGAGUGAAAGAAAGAGAAAGAUUGAAAUAAAGAGAGAGAACAGAAGAGAGAAAAAGAGACAGACAGAGAGAAAGAGAAUUAAAAAGAGAGAUAGAACCAUAAAAAGAGAGAGAGAGAGAGAGAGAGAGAGAGAGAGAGAGAGAGAGAGAGAGAGAGAGAGAGAGAGAGAGAGAGAGAGAGAGAGAGAGAGAGAGAGAGAGAGAGAGAGAGAAAUAGCUUACCCAAGGGGAGAAAAUACCCAAAAAAGGAAGAAAUAACGUGAAAAGAAAAAGAAAAGAAGGAAAAGAAUGGAGAAAUAAGAGGAAAAAAAAAUAAUAAAAAUAAUAAUUAGUGUAUAUAUAAAAAAAAUAAUGAAUUAGUAAAGUGUAAAAAAAUACGUAAUAAUAAUAAUAAUAAUAAUAAUAAUAAUAAUAAUAAUAAUAACAAUAAUAAUGAUAAAAUUGUUGAUAUCAUUAAUAAAAACAAAUUAAUAUGAAAAUGAAGCUAAUUGGGACAUAAUCUAUUGUGUGUGUGUGUGUGUGUGUGUGUGUGUGUGUGUGUGUGUUUGUGCCAGCCAUGACCACCACCAUCACCACCUGAUGAUGUGCAGCCAUGUUUGAAAUCACACACAUACGUCGAGGAAGAGGAAGAGGAGGAGGAGGAGGAGGAGGAGGAGGAGGAGGAGGAGGAGGAAGAAAGGCUCUCCUCUCAGUCCUCCUCUUUAUCUUCUUAUCAAUGAUGGCCAAAACCGUCACCACCACCACCACCACCAUCACCACCACCACCACCAUCACCACCAUUGAGGGGGAAACGGAGCCAAAGAAGAAGAAAGAGGAAGAGGAAGAGGAGGAGGAAGAAGAGGAGGAGGAAGACACCUGGAAUGACUACUUAAACACCCUCUUUGACCCCGAAUUUGACCCCACGGUGAGGUCAAAUAUGUCCGCUGUGGCUGGUCAAACUGCUCAUCUUGUGUGUCGUGUUAACAACCUCGGUACAAAGACGGUGUCAUGGAUAAGGCACAGGGACACACACAUCCUGACGGUGGGCUCCUUCACCUACACCAGCGACCAGCGAGUCUCGGCGCUACACCGGGAGGGCACGAACGAGUGGACGCUGCAGAUACGGCAGGCCAGGGCGGCGGACUCUGGCCUUUACGAGUGCCAAGUGUCCACCAAGCCUACGAGGGGUUUCCUGAUACGCCUGAGUGUGCUGGUCCCCCAGGCCGCCAUCCUGCACGCCCCCGAGCUGUACACCCACGCGGGGGGGCCGCUCAACCUGACCUGCGUGGUGGCCCCCAGUCCGCGGCCCCCGGAGUACAUCUUCUGGUACCACGGGGGGCAGGUCAUUAACUACGAGAGUGCGGGCAGCGUGGCGGUCAGCGUGAGCCAGGAGGGGGCGCAGCGCACGGUGUCCACGCUGCUCGUUCAGCGCGCCUCGCUCAGCCACUCCGGCCUGUACGAGUGUGCGCCCUCCAACACUAACCGAACGGCCAUCACCGUGCACGUGUUCAAGGGUGAGCGCAGGGCGGGUGUUGGCGGUGCGGGGCGGGGAGGAAAGGGACAGGCGUAGAAGGGAGGAAGAGAGCGAGGUGUAGGCAGAAAGGUAGACAGGUAGACAGAGGAAUGGAUAGCCAGGCAGGUAAGCAGUGAAGGGAGUGCACGAAAAUGUUACCAGAUGAACACAGAUGAAAAAAACAGGAAACUGACGAAAAAGAGGCGAAGGAAAAGUUACCAAAUGAACACAGAAAAAAAAGACUAGAAAAAUGUUAAAAAGAAAUUGAUGAUAAUUUGACAAGCGUAAAAAAGAAGAAAAAAAAGAAGAAAACAAAGACUAAAAAAAUGAAAAAAAGAAAGUUGAUUAUAAUUUGACAAACGUAGAA